AUGGAGAGCGCUAAGUUGAGGUCGAUUCCGAAGAAAACAAGUGAAAGAUAUUUUCUUUGCGAAAUAUGCCGAAGUCUUUUUAAGCGAUUUCGUCGAUGUGAAUGCUUAAAGUUGGAUGGAAAAGGAUGCAACUGCGUGAAUGAAGAUGACGAGGGAGUCUCUAACGAAUGUGAAGGAUUCUAUCAAGAUAGCAGUUCUCAAACGGAAUUGAUGCAUGCUCCGCCUUCGACUUCUCAAGGGUUGGUCUAUCAACUGUCAGAUUCGCUUGCAUAUAUGCAUGCAUCUCAAAUACUCGAUUUAAGUCCAAGAAACUUUCUCUUCGCAAGAGAUAAUCUUCCAAAAGAUCAAGAGUAUCGAGAAAUACGGAAUCCAUACGUGCUGGUGAUAAACAUUGUAAACUUUAUCAAGGACCCAGGACCAAGGAAUGGGGCUAAACACGAUCAAGAUAACGUGGAGAGGUUUGUCAGAGAAGCUGGUUUCAGCAAUGUUCUGUGGCAUUUUGACCUGGACAAACAAGAAAUGCUGAAAAUUCUUGAAGAAACCCGAAAAAAUGCAGAUUUGGUUGAAAAUGACAGUUUUAUCUGCAUUAUUAUGAGCCAUGGCAACGAAGAAGGUAUUUUAUGCAGAGAUCAUGAAACUAUUUCAGUGGAGAACAUAAUGGAGAAAUUCCAGGGAAAUAAUGAUGCUUGUCCUCAGCUUGCAACAAAACCAAAAUUGUUCUUUGUUCAAGCAUGCAGAGGAGAAAUUGAUGACAAAGGGUACUUUGCACCAAGAGGGCCAAAAGAAGUUUAUCCUGAUACAUCUGACAACAAUGAGAUGGCUGUAAAACUUCCCUCCGAUGCAGAUUUUUUGAUCGCCUAUUCUACCACCAAAGGCACAAUCUCUCACAGACGCUUCACAGUUGACACAAGAUAUGCUGAAACACAUAAGGAAAGUCUGGGUUCUUGGUUCAUCUCUUGCUUGGUACAGGUUCUAUGUGAGAACUCUCACAAGGAGGACUUAAUGACUAUGCUCACAAGAGUGAACAGAGCCAUGUGUGAAUUUUACACUGAAGGUGGAAGCAAGCAGAUUUCAUGCCAACUUUCUAUGCUCACAAGGAAAGUCUACUUUUCUAACUUCCUUGAUAAGAAAAAGUGUGUAGGCAGCAACAUUAGGCAAACCUUGACGACCAAACUGUGUUAA